AUGGGGGAUCAUUCCGACCAUGAUGGGUCGGAUGAGGAAGAUUACAUUGGUUUCGGGUUUGCCACAAGGAAACUUGAGGCGCUGUAUGACUAUACAUAUUUAGAUGACAGUGGCAAUAGAGUGAAUAUGAAAAGAGGAGAGGAAUAUCAUUUGUUGGAGAAGUCAGGGGAUUGGUGGGAAGUGUUUAGAGCUGGAGACUCCACAGAUCUUUCAUUUUAUGUUCCAGCAAAUUAUGUUAAACCUAUAGUUGAUAGUGAAAGUAAGGUUACAGACAAACAUACAAGUGAUUCAGAUGUUAAAGGAGAUCCAGGAAGUGAAACCAGUUCACUUGGUCAUGACGCUCAUACAUCUCCAUCUUUUAAAAAUGGCAUGAGUAAGGCAGUCAGUGUCGAAAGAAAACAAAAUCCAGAUAAAGAGAUGGAUAUCUAUGCAAAUACUAAUGUUAGUACUUUUAUGACAAACAACAAUGUGGAUGUUUCAUCUAAAAAUGGAAGUAUAACGGUGCGGCCUGGCAUGUAUCGAAGGAGUUUAUCCAAUGAUGAUGGAGGUGAUUAUAUGAACUUAGAUUUAUUACGUGAACAAGCAGGUCUACCUUCAGUGUCCAAACCACCUCUUACGGAAGUUGAUCCAAUUUAUGCCAACCAGAAGGACCUAAACAUCGAACCACAGAUAACUGUGACGACCUCUCCAUCACCCCCAGUCUCACCCGAGGAGCCCACUAUACCUGAUGAGAAAAAUUGUCCUUUCCAGAGGACAUUACUCAAUGUCUGGGAUGCCUACCUUGACCCCAUCACAAAGCGUAAUUUUUACAUCAACAAGGAAACCAAAGAGAGGACAUGGAAACCCCCACGAUAUCCAAAAAAGUCUCGCAGUAUGAGGGGCAUUACCACAUCAGAAUACAUUGGGCAAUUGCAGGAGAGAGUGGACCUGCCAAAAUCACAUCCUAUGAGUGUGCGUGUGGAGACCACAAAACCAAUUCCAGAAGGCUGGACUUUAGAAACCGUGGAGGGGAUUAAUUUUUACAUCAACAAACGUACACAGGAAAAGUGGGGUACACACACAGAUGACAAAGGGAAGCCUUACUUCUACAAUCUCGACAGCGGCGAAACAGCAUGGGAGUUGCCAGAGCCAUUUGAGGUGUGCAGUUUAAUGAGCAGACGGGUUGCUUUUAAACGUCAUUCUGCUGAAUCGGUUUCGUUGUUAACCCUGAAUGGAGACCCUGCCAGUUCUUCGAAGAACAUUCCACGCACCAGAUCUCCACAAAUUCCGCGAUCAGUUAAGACACAGUCUAUGUUCUUGGAAUCACACCUGAACUUUGGGAGCUUUCAAGGCCAGCUCCCAGGGGGUCUGAUGUCCAAGUCUUCCACGCUUCCUGUGAACCCCACAUCGGGACCAUUACCCGAGGGUGGGGUACUCCCUAAGUCUCAAACCCUGCCUUAUAACCUCCAGGGAUUAACGCCUGGUACCCUUGAAAUGGACAGGAAAGCUGUCCACCCUGGGACAUCUAAUCAAGGGCAAGAAAAGAUAUGUGGAAUGCUGAAGAAGAGGAUGAUUGUUGAGUUAGGAAAACAGGUCAAGAAAAGCUUCAGUCCUUCAUUUGUGAAACUUUUGGGAACUAACCUGGUAUUUUACAAGAACCGUCAGGCAUCCACACAGCAGGGUUCUAAGCAUGGCAAGCCUGAUUUUAUGGAACCUUUACAGGGGGCCCAUGUUGACAAGUACCCCAACAAACGACACCUCCAUGUCUUAGUGCUGACAACGUGUAACAAGAAUCAAUACCAGCUACAGUUGGAAGACGAGAUUGACAUGCAGAAAUGGUUGUCUAUUUUGGAACUCACUAUCAAAGAAUUGGGUCCAUGUAAGGUUGACCAGCAGCUACUGCUUGUGCCCCCUGGUAAUGCAGACAGUCUGAAGAAAACACCAUCGAUGAAGAAAAAUCGUAAGCCAUCAGAGAGAGAGGAGAACGAUGAGGAGAAGUCCAAAUUCAAAACAAUAUUUGAGAGGUGGAUGAAAGACCCACAGAGACCUACAAAGAAACAGCUGGAAGACAAGGGCAUAAUAGAUUAUAACGUGUUUGGUGGUUCUCUGAAGCAGGUGUGUGAAAAGGACAAAGCUAAGGUUCCUAAAUUUGUACAGAGAUGUGUUGCUGCCAUAGAAAAACGAGGUCUGGACCAGGAUGGAUUAUACCGGAUCAGUGGAAACAUGGCUCAGAUCACUAAGUUACGCUCAAUGUUAAACAUGGAUCUGUCAGCAUUGAUGGACGAGUCAUCUGACCGGUUUGACUAUGACCUUGACAAUCCAGAACUCUGGGACAUUCAUGUAUUGGCUGGAGCACUCAAGUUGUUCUUCCGUGAGCUGAAGGAGCCCCUGUUUGUCUAUGCUCAGUUUGACAAGUUUAUAGCUGCCAUUUCUAAGAAGACACGAUCAGAAAAAUUAAAAGGAUUGAGAGAGCAGGUUAAUGCCCUACCAAAGUAUAACUAUGAAACACUCAAGUUUCUGUGUGGCCAUUUAAUAAGAGUUGCAGACAAGCAAAGUGUCAAUAAGAUGUCAUUCCAUAACUUAGCAAUAGUGUUUGGGCCGACGUUAAUGUGGAAGGAAAUGGACACCAACUUCAUGGCUCAUAUGGUCUUACAAAGUCAGAUAGUGGAGUUUGUUUUACUGGAGUAUAAGCACAUAUUUAAGUGAUAACAGAUCAUUGAUAUGUAAAAUUAUCUCCCUUUGGUGGAAACUUUAGUGGUGAAAAUUUGUUUUUUCUGGAGUGCAAUCAUAGUUAGAGUGAUCUCCCUUGAUUAGAAUCAUGAUAAGGAAAUGACUCAAUGUAGAUUAUCAUUGGAUUGUUUAAACAUCAUUGGCUUGAAUGAUUAUUUCUGUAUAUUAAAACCCACCCUGGAACAUUUUGUUUUUCUUAAUUCUGGUUUCAGGAUAUGGAAUGAUUUGCUAUCGUAACAAGACGCUGAGUUCU